UUCUGGUUUAUUAAAUAAAAAGUUGGGAGAGAGGAGAUGAUCCUGGGCAUACCUUACUUGAUAGCUAGAUAUACAUGUCUGUUCAUGGUGGCUUUAACCAAGAGAGCAGAGCCAUCUGAACUUAGAACAAUAUUUUUGAAGUAUGCAAGCAUUGAAAGAAAUGGUGAAUUUUUUAUGUCUCCCAAUGACUUCGUCACACGAUAUUUGAAUAUUUUUGGAGAAAGCCAGCCUAAUCCAAAGACUGUGGAACUUUUAAGUGGUGUGGUGGAUCAGACCAAGGAUGGAUUAAUAUCCUUUCAAGAAUUUGUUGCAUUUGAAUCUGUCCUGUGUGCCCCGGAUGCUUUAUUUAUGGUGGCCUUUCAGCUGUUUGACAAAGCUGGCAAAGGAGAAGUUACUUUUGAGGAUGUUAAGCAAGUGUUUGGACAGACUACAAUUCAUCAACAUAUUCCAUUUAACUGGGAUUCUGAAUUUGUACAACUACAUUUUGGAAAGGAAAGAAAAAGACACUUGACUUAUGCAGAAUUCACUCAGUUUUUGCUGGAAAUACAGUUGGAGCAUGCAAAGCAAGCCUUUGUGCAGCGGGACAGUGCCAAGACUGGAAAAGUCACAGCCAUUGACUUCCGAGACAUCAUGGUCACCAUCCGCCCCCAUGUCUUGACACCUUUUGUAGAAGAAUGUCUAGUGGCUGAGUUUGCUCUGGCAGCUCAGAAAUUUGGUCAGGUUACACCCAUGGAAGUUGACAUCUUGUUUCAGUUAGCAGAUUUAUAUGAGCCAAGGGGACGUAUGACCUUAGCAGACAUUGAGCGGAUCGCUCCUCUGGAAGAAGGCACUCUGCCCUUCAACUUGGCUGAGGCCCAGAGGCAGAAAGCCUCAAGCGAUUCAGAUCGGCCAGUUCUCCUACAAAUUGCAGAAUCUGCCUACAGGUUUGGUCUGGGUUCUGUUGCUGGAGCUGUUGGAGCUACUGCUGUGUAUCCUAUUGAUCUUGUAAAAACUCGAAUGCAGAACCAACGAUCAACUGGCUCUUUUGUGGGGGAGCUCAUGUAUAAAAACAGCUUUGACUGUUUUAAGAAGGUGCUCCGUUAUGAAGGCUUCUUUGGACUGUAUAGAGGUUUGCUGCCACAGUUAUUGGGAGUCGCCCCAGAGAAGGCCAUAAAACUUACAGUGAAUGAUUUUGUGAGGGAUAAAUUUAUGCACAAAGAUGGUUCUGUCCCAGUGACAGCAGAAAUUCUUGCUGGAGGCUGCGCUGGAGGCUCCCAAGUGAUCUUCACGAAUCCUUUAGAAAUUGUCAAGAUCCGUUUGCAAGUAGCUGGAGAAAUCACCACGGGUCCCCGGGUCAGUGCUUUGUCUGUUGUGCGAGACCUGGGCUUUUUUGGCAUCUACAAGGCUUCUGCAGUCUGUAACAGGAUGCAGAAGCUUGCCAUUUUGACAGGAUGCCAAGCAGCCUUUCAACAGGCUGUCUGGUCCUCAGAUACUAUGGUAGUGACUGUUACCAAAAUGUCUAGGUGGAUACAAUGGCCUGUGGAAGUAGCUGGUAUCCUGAUCUCGUAUCUGAGUGAGCAGAGCUGCCAGCCAUGUUCUUUCCACGGCCAGCAGUUCAAAGCACAGUUAUUUUUAUAUAGUGAGAAUGUGACCAGACUGAGAUGGUGCUGUCUCUCUCCUACAGGUAUGCCUGCAGCAUCUUUAGUGACCCCUGCUGAUGUUAUCAAGACUAGAUUACAGGUGGCUGCUCGGGCUGGCCAAACCACUUACAGCGGAGUGAUAGACUGCUUCAGAAAGAUACUACGGGAAGAGGGUCAAAAAGCUUUGUGGAAAGGAGCUGGUGCUCGUGUAUUCCGAUCUUCACCGCAGUUUGGUGUCACUUUGCUGACUUAUGAACUGCUACAGCAAUGGUUCUACAUUGAUUUUGGAGGAGUAAAACCCAUGGGAUCUGAGCCCGUUCCCAAAUCCAGGAUCACACUACCUGCCCCAAGUCCUGAUCACGUUGGGGGUUACAGACUGGCAGUUGCAACAUUCGCUGGGAUUGAAAGCAAGUUUGGACUCUACCUACCUCUCUUCAAGCCAUCCACGUCUACCUCAGAAGUGACCAGUGGAGACCCCUAGGCAGACUGCUGUAGGAUGCAGUCUCCAGUAGUGUUGGUACUGCAGGAAGAAGUACCCAACCUGUGCUGAAGCAAAGCUUCACACUUUUCCUUUCUAUUUCCUGCUAAAAUUCAGGUCAAAGCUUUUUAUAAAGUGAAAUCAUUUAUUCCCUAUGUGUUUUCUUAACUAGAUCAUUAUGGAAUUAUUCUUAAUUAUUCUUUGGACCUCUUCCCAUGGGUCUAUGUUUAUAUCUUUCAUGUGCUGGGAGAUUUGGUCAAUACUAAUAUAAUUUCAGGGAAGGGACAAGGCUCAUUAGAAAUUAGGGCUCCCCUUCUUGGACUAGAAUUACAAUCCCAAAGAGACUACCAAAGGGUAGUCGAGAGGGUAGAAUGUUCUGUAUGUGUUAAAACUGCUAGGAAACUGGGUCCAUAUUUAUAAAAAUGAAAAGCAUUGAAAGGAACACACACACAUACACACACACACACUCAGAGAUAUCAGGAAUAGCCAGCCUGGAUUCACAUUUUAAACAUACAGAAAUUUUUGUCUCUGGAUUAUAUUAUGAGGCUUUUAUGUGAAACAUGUUUCUUUGUAAUGCAAACCACAUUGGAGAUGUUUAGUAAUCGUAUUCCGUUACUGGUAUCAAGACUACGAGGGAAAAGUUCUUGCAGUGUGAGGAAGUGCUUUUGGCAUUUUUAUUAUGUAGACAGAGAAGCUGAGACACAGUCUCUCUCUUAGAUGUUCUAAUUUUUGAUAACUACUGUUAUGUUGCACAUGUACCGAUUACUGCCAAUCUCAAUAAACACUGUAAAAAAAAAUACAGGAACCCUAUUGCCCCUACUGGCCCUACUCCUCUCCUGACACCACCUCCGUAAUUGGCACCCAUUUGCUUUUAAGAUCCACUUUGUCUUGAAUCAUGUAAGACAAAUAAACUCUAAGGUUUUAUUUAAUCUGUGGUGCCUUGCAUAAUAGUCAGAGGCUCAUGUAUUUUGAAAGUGGAAAUAAACUAUUUUUCAAGCUAUUGAA